UCCUCUCCCUCAUGAGUCGUGACCCUCGGUUCCUCGUCAUAUUCACCACGAUCCCGAGGUUGCACUUGCACGAGUAACGCACCUGACGGCGACACUAGCGAUCUAGCUGCGCAGGCGCCGGCACAUGGCGCCUCACGACCCGGAGAGUGAAACGGCGGCGCCCGAGUGGCGCGGCACCGUGCGCGCCGCGGCGGCGGGGCCGACGCCCGACCAGGCGUGGGCUCUGCUGGGAGACUUCUGCUCCCUCAACAAGUGGGUGUCGCUGGUGGAGACUUGCCGGAGGCUGGAAGGCGACGACGGCCGGCCCGGGUGCGUCCGGUACUGCGCGGCGCCGGUGAACAUGGCGGCGCCGGGGGAGGCGGUCGGCUGGUCCAAGGAGCGGCUCCUCGAGGUCGACGCCGCGGGGAGGUCCUACAGCUACGAGGUGGUGGAGACCAACAAGGGGUUCGGCAGGUACCGGGCGACCAUCGGCGUGGAGCCCGACCCGGCCGGGUGCGCGGUCAGGUGGUCGUUCGAGGCCGAUCCAGUCAAGGGGUGGACGCUGGAAGGCUUCGUGGGUUUCCUGGAGAAGCUCGCGCAUGGCGUCGCCAAGAGGCUUGAAGAGGAGAUCAUGGUGAACGUCGAUGGUGAUCCUGCUUUGCCAAUAUUUUGAUCUUGUUUUCCGCUUUUCCUAGUGAUACUGGCGACAGUAUGUUCGAUCACAAGUCCAUUCCAUUUUGAUUCAAAGCAAUUCCAUGGAAAUUUUGGAGAACUCUACUUGGGAAA